AGUUCUAUGUAAGAAGCAUGGCGCAAUUCAAGGAGUGAAGCUGUGCAGCCAUCUAGGUUCGUUGAAACAGCUGGAUGGUCUCCCCACAGAGCCGCAACAUGUGAACGCUUGUCGCCCAAGCUCGUCCCAUGACCAACCACCAUCACACGCUGCCUCCGCCUGUCCCAUACAACAAGGUAGCGCCUUUGAUGGUUCAACGGGCUCCGUUCCUGUUUGAGGUUGUAGUGUAGCUCAUCUUUCGCGUGUCAAAAGGGCACUCCGCGACCUACCAAACAGGUAUAUGCACCUCAUCCCUCGUGUAUUGUCACGAUGGCGUAGCUGUGCGAUCCAAGCUGAUAGCUAAGUAUAGCCGUCCAGACGCGUAGAAAUCUUCAGCAACCCUUGAGCUUCUCAUUACAGCCCCUGUGCAGACACCAUGAACCCGCGUUCAUGGUUCGGUGACCUGACAGGGUACUUCGUGUACAUGCUCUUCGUUGCGACCCUGGGCCCGCUGCUGUUCGGCUUUCAUCUGUCUGAACUCAACGCGCCCGAAGAUGUUAUCCGCUGCAAGAAGAGGUCGAUCACCUCCACCGACCUCACCGCGACUGCUACGCCGAACCUGCCACGAUGCAUUGAGAUGACGCCGACCCAAUGGGGCGUCGUAGGCUCCAUGUACACACUCGGCGGACUGAUAGGCGCACUGUCCGCAGCACCUCUAGCCGGCAAAUACGGUCGGCUCAGAGCUAUGCAGAUUAUGACUCUGUUCUUCACAAUCGGCCCCGUCUUCGAAGCGCUGUCGCCCAGCAUCGCCGUUAUGGCCUUCGGAAGACUCGUGUCUGGAGUUGGCGCAGGAGCAGCGGUGGUCAUCGUGCCUCUGUAUAUCUCAGAGAUUGCACCGCCUGCCAACAAGGGCUUCUUUGGCGCCUUCACGCAGAUCAUGUGCAAUGUUGGUGUUCUGGUCGCGCAACUUUUGGGUUACUUUCUCAGCCACGACUCAUACUGGAGGGUCAUCUUGGCUGUUGGUGGCAUGAUUGGUCUUGCGCAAGGCCUGGGUCUGCUGCUGUCGGCGGAGAGCCCCAAAUACCUUGCUGAGAAGGGCAAUCUCACUCAGGCCAAAAGGACCUUGCGCAAGAUCAGGGGCGCAGACGCCGAUAUUGACAGUGAGAUGAGCGACUGGGGAGUGGACGGAUCCAACGGGAGCGGCAAGUACUCUCGUCCAUGUGCGUCGCGUUUCAUCAGUGCUAACACCACAACAGAGGAGGAGCAGACCCUGCUCAGCAACGAGGGGGGCUCAACGCAGGCAGCGGCAAAGUCGUCCGGCAAAGAAGGCUCAUUGAGCAUCAUGCAGGUCUUCCGUCACCCAGACUACAAGAAGGCUGCCAUUGCUGUUAUCAUGGUCAUGUUGGCUCAGCAGUUCAGCGGUAUCAACAGCAUCGUCAUGUACGGUGUGUCGCUGCUGGCAGGGCUACUGGAGUCCAACUCUGCGCUGCUGAACCUUGCCGUGUCUGCGGUCAACAUCGUCAUCACGGCUGGAGGUGCACCUCUCCCGGAUAAGUUUGGCCGCAAGCCAUGUCUGCUUGGCUCCAUUGCUGGCAUGGGCAUCAGCUCCCUUUUUCUUGCUAUUGGCAUCAUGAAGUCGGUGCCCGUGCUGUCAGCCCUGGCUGUGCUUUUCUUCGUCUCGAGCUUCGCACUUGGACUCGGGCCAGUUCCCUUCAUCCUAGCCAGCGAGCUUGUAGGCCCGGAAGCUGUGGACGCGACUCAAAGUAUCGCACUGGGAGCGAACUGGAUUGCAACUUUCAUUGUUGCGCAGUUCUUCCCAUUGCUGAGCGCGCAGCUGGGUGGAAAGGUCUAUCUGAUCUUUGCAGCACUUUCUGCAUUCUUCUUUGCUUUCCUGUCGUGGUAUGUACCAGAGACCAAGGGCAAGAAGAACGCCGACGAGGUCUGGGACAGGGAGCGCAGGUUCGACUUUCACGCCUCAGAGAGUGCCGUAGGGGAGGACACAACACGCCACCUCGGGCCAAGAUCAUCGCAGCACCGCGGGUCCGACCCACCGCCCUCCAUCAUCUCUCCCGCAUUCACGCCUCCAGCGACACCCGGCUUCAACACGCCGUCACAGCCCCGCCGGCCACCCCGCUCCGUACCGGUGGAUACCUCCUUGUCCACGGAUUCGCCGCGACCCGAGCUGCUUGAAAAGCUGCCGGUAGUUGAAUGCGAAGUACGAGCGCGCAUACCCACCACGACCGGGCAUGAGAUGUGGCUGCAUGUAUACCGCAACAAUGUAGACACCAAGGAACAUCUGGCGAUUGUAUUCGGCAACCAGAUCCGCUCGCGAUCAUUAGAUGCAGAAAGACCCGGGGAAACAGAGCUCGAUCGCAUGACUAGAGGCGCAUACGUAGGGCGACUGUUUCCCGGACGGACGAGUUCGCGGAUAGAAGCAAUCAAGCGCUCCGAAGGUGUGCCCUCGAAACGAAAGCCAAACGCCGACACAGUCACCGACCUGGACAACGGCCUGAUCUCGCCCUCGUCCGCCUCCUCGGAGAACGGCGACGUGCAAACCCCAACUUCGGAUCUCCCUCUCGUCCGCAUACACUCCGAGUGCUACACCGGCGAAACCGUCUGGUCCGCGCGCUGCGACUGCGGUGAGCAGCUGGACGAAGGCGCCCGCCUGAUGGCUGACCCAACACUUUCUCCCUCCGGCGGUGCAAUCAUCUACUUGCGGCAAGAAGGGCGCGGUAUCGGGCUGGGAGAGAAGCUGAAAGCGUACAACCUGCAGGAUCUGGGCAAUGACACAUACGAAGCAAACGUUCUGCUCAGACAUCCGGCGGAUGCGAGAAGUUAUGGGUUGGCCACGGCUAUGCUCAUGGAUCUGGGCUUGGGAGGAGAAAGGGGCAUUAGGUUGCUUACAAACAACCCUGAUAAGGUGCGGGCAGUCGAGGGACCUGGUAGGGAAGUUGUAGUCAGGGAAAGGGUGGCAAUGGUGCCACUUGCGUGGAAGACCGGUGGAAAGCAGGGCAUCAAGAGCGAGGAGGUUGAGAAGUACCUAAGCACAAAGAUCGAAAAGUUCAAACACAUGCUGGACCAAAAGUAGCCUCCGACCGUGCGACCGACUGUACAAAUGAAUUUUACUUGCAUAGAGACGCGACUUUACACUGGCGUUGGUGGACACAUUUGAAUCAUCUUGAGCGGCUUUGGAAGCGCUGUAGUAGUUGCUAAGAUACCACAAUGAGAUAGUUGUUGC